AGGUUCAUUUACCAGGAACUGAAACUGAGCGUACGAGAGGGACUGGCUGCUUUUCAGUACUUGAACACCUAUAAACAGGAUAAUGUUACUGAAUGUAGGAAUGGAAAAAAAAACAAGAAAGGGUUGCAGUUCUUUGUUUUGUUCCACAUUUUUAUGUUUUCUGUGACAUCCAUUCUGAAGUUGAGGGCAGAGGCAGUGAAUGAAUGCAAAAUGGGAGACGAGCAAACACCUAACAGGGCUGUGCUUCCUGAAACUUCCCACGGUGCUCAACCUCCAAUCACAGCCCAGGAUGGAAGCACUGUCAUUGCGCCACAGUUUAAUGGUGUGACCAUAAAUGAUGGCAAUCUAAUCCUGAAUGUCCAAUCAUCUGUCAAAGCAGAAGAAACCAGAGCUGUUUCUCCCAAACGCAGAGAGACUAUUGAAAAUUGCCAACGGGAACUAAAAUCUUACCUUCUAAGUAAAACAAGAACUCUGUCUCAAGGAACAAAGGAAGACCCAUCGUCGACUCCCUUAAACAAGAUCUACACGGAGCUCUACAUCACCGAGGGAGGCAGUGGUGAAGUCAAUAGUGAACAUGAAGUCAUUGAAUUACAGUGCACAAGAGGUACAAGUGAAGAAAGAAAAAUCCAUCUCAAUGACAUUUUUAAACCUUUAUCAACUGAAGGCGACCCACCACAGAGAGUCUUGACAAAGGGAAUUGCCGGCAUUGGAAAAAGUGUUGCUGUGCAGAAAUUCACUCGGGAUUGGGCAGCUGGAGUAGCCAACCAAACCUUUGACUUCAUAUUUCCCUUUACAUUCAGAGACUUGAACUUGAUAAAAGCCAAACAGUUCAGUCUUAUGGAUUUAAUAUUGCACUACUUUGAAGAGGAAGUGGAGGAUUUGCAGAGGUCAGAUUACAAAAGGUCAAGUGUUUUGUUGAUUUUUGAUGGCCUGGAUGAAAGCAAACUCCCUCUGGACUUUGAUAAAAAUGAUAAGUGUCGCAGUAUCACAAAAAAAACAACAGUAGAUGGCCUACUAACCAACUUAAUAGAAGGGGAAAUGUUCCACAAGGCCUCAGUCUGGAUCACAAGUAGACCUGCUGCAGUCGGAAAGAUUCCCCACCAGCACAUCAACAGACUGACAGAAGUACGAGGCUUUAAUGAUGAGCAGAAGGAAGAGUACUUUCUGAAGAAAAUCCCUGAUCAGACAAUGGCUCGAAAGAUCCUUGAUCAUCUUCAGUCGAAGCCGAUGAGAAGUCUCCACAUUAUGUGCCACAUUCCGAUAUUUUGUUGGAUUUCAGCCACAGCGCUUCAAAGCCUCCUCAAGAGCGGCAAUGACACCGAGUUGCCCAAGACUCUAACUGAGAUGUAUACACACUUCCUGAUCAUCCAGACAAAGCUGAAACAGCAAAAGGCUUACCAGGAGUGUGACACCAACAGAGAUAUGAUCAUGAAACUGGGAAAGUUGGCGUUUGAACAGUUACAACAGGGCAACAUCAUUUUCUAUGAGAAAGAUUUAAACGAUUGUCAAAUUGAUCUGAAACAAGCUGCUGUUUAUUCAGGAGUUUGCACACAGAUCAUAAGAAAAGAUCAAGGCCUCCACAAAGUUGAAGUUUACUCUUUUAUACACUUAAGUAUUCAGGAGUUUCUUGCAGCCUGGUAUGUACAAGAGACUUUCAUUGAAAGUGGAGAAAAUCUUCUCAACUCAAACAGUGUGAGAGUGAAUUCAGAGAAAGGAGUAAGGCCGAUCAACUUCCUCCACGUGGCUGCUGUGAAUAAGGCUUUGAAGAGUGAUUAUGGACAAUGGGACUUGUUCCUGCGCUUCUUGCUUGGUCUGUCUCAAGAUAAAAAUCAGAAGCGUCUUCAGAAAGAUUUUGGGCUCUCAGAAAGACUUUCACAGAGCAGCCAGGACACAAUCAUCUACAUUCAUGAGAAGAUCAAGAAACUGACUUACACUGAGAAGAGUAUCAAUCUGUUCCACUGUUUAAAUGAAUUGGGUGACCAGUCCCUUGUAAAGCAAGUUCAGAAGUACCAGAGUUCAGGAGAUGUUAGUAAAAUCUCACCAUCCCAUUGGUCAGCUUUGGCUUUUGUGCUGCUUGUCUCCAAUGAUGAUCUGUCCACCUUCGAUCUGAAGAAAUACUAUGGAUCGGAUGAGGUUCUGGAGAGGCUGCUGCCUGUGCUUAAAGUAUCAAAGACAGCUUUGUUAAAUGACUGUAACCUCACUGACAGAUGCUGCCGGUACAUUUGUUCAGCUCUUACCUUGAAGUCUUCUGGUCUGGAGGAGUUAGACCUAAGCAGAAACACGUUACAGGACUCUGGAAUGAAGCUUCUGUCUGAGGGCCUCGGACGUCUUCACUGCAACCUUCAAAAGCUCAGGAUGGAACAAUGUCGGAUUACACAAGAAGGAUGCCAGUCGUUGGUCAGUGGUUUAUCUUUGAACCCUUCCUACCUGAAGGAGCUAGAUCUAAGCAAAAAUAAAUGUCAUGAUGAUGGAGCAGAGCUGCUUUCACAAGUUCUCCGUAAUUGCUCUCUGGAAACACUGAGGCUACGUGAGUGUGGAAUUACAGAGCAUGGAUGCAGAUGUUUGCUUUCAGCUCUCAGUGUCAAUUACUCUCAUUUAAAAAACCUGGAUCUGAGCAUGAAUAAGGUUGGAAGUCAGGCAAUCGUUCAGCUGUCUGACCUCCUGAAGCACCAUGACUGCCAGCUGGAACGAUUAUGGCUUUUUAAAACAAAACUACAAGCAAAAGAUGCAGCAGUUCUGGCCUCAGUCCUGGUUUUGAACCCUACCCACCUCAGGGAAUUGGAUCUAGGUGGGAAUGUUCUGUGUGAUUUGGGAGUGAAUGAAAUUUCAUCUUUACUAAAGAAUCCAAACUGCAAGUUGGAGGUACUAAGACUUGAGGGCUGUCGGUUUACAGCGAGCAGCUGUGCUGCACUGGUUUCCAGUCUGAAGUCAAACCCUGCACAUCUCAGAGUUCUGCAUCUGACUAGAAAUGACCUGAAGGACUGCAGCGUUGAAAAACUUUCAGAAUUCCUGGAAGAGUCCUGUUGUCGCCUGGAGACACUGAACCUAAAGUGCUGUGCAUUAACAGCAGCUGGCUGCAGAUCUUUGACUGUCACUCUGAGUCAUUCCUCCACUCUCAGAGAGCUGGAUCUGAGCUACAACCGCCUCGGGGACGAGGGACUGAGGCUGCUCUCUCACUGGCUGAAGACUCCUCAGUGUAGACUGGAAAUACUGAGGUUGUCAGAUUGCACAGAGACCAGCUGUGAGCUUCUGGCCUCGGCUCUGAGGUCGAACCCGUCACACCUGAGAGAGCUGGAGCUGAGCAGGAGUCGUCCAGGAGAACCAGGUCUGAAGCUGCUGUCGGAUCUGCAGAAGGAAGAAGGCUGCAAACUGCAGACACUGACAGUGAAUGAUUAACCAAACUAAAGGCAGUGCUUCCUGUGGUCCUCCUCCUCCCCAGCCCACACACCUGAAGGCACUGGGAACUCUACCACCUGCAAUCGCUCAUGGAGGAACUAUUUCCUCUCACCACACAAUCCCAACAUUUUCCUGUGAAGGAAAUAACAACAACGUUUUAUUAAUCUAUCCUGUGUUUUUGUCCCGAUCUGCCCUGGUUUAGGACAGGAUUUUCGAGAAAUGAUUUCUCUGCUAUAAAUAUAACAUUAUUUCCUCUUAUAAAGGCAACAAUGGAACACAUACAGACACAUGGUGUCCUGCAGCCUAAAGACUAGAAGUAACAGAACUUUGUUAGAUAGCUGAUAAAAUAGAAAAUUAACAGCCUUUGCAAAGUUUGAUCUAUUUCUUUACCAACUGCUGAUAACUUAUUAUACCCAGAUUAGUGUUUUAUAUUCCAGUGUAGAUUGUACGUUUUUAAAAUCAGUUUCUGUCAGAUGAGUUUACGUUAAAGCACUGAUGUCUAUGAAAAACAGGAUAAUUCUGAGAUCUCCAAAUAAGAUACCCUAAUCAGAAACUGUGGACCACUGUCUAACAUCCCCAGUCCACAUGUCUGCUGCUGUCCAUGUCAGCAGAUGUGAGGUGAUUAGGACUCGCUGCUGUAAUAAUGGCUCAGGACACAAAACGACUAUUCUGACAGAUUUAUCUGCAGGCUAUUGAAACACCAGGGGAGUUUGAGUAUUUUGAAGUGCACUGAUGUUUAUUAUGCGCAUCCUAGAGCCUGAAAUUGCCCCUGAGUCCUGCUGAGCUGAGAUGCUACAGUGUAGAAUUUUGACUUCCAGCCCAGCACCAUGUCACACACUGACAAGAUAACAUCUCACUUUCACUUAAUGGAUUUAAAGUAAAAUAACUGGAGGAACGUUUCACAACUAAUUAGGUUAAUUGGUAACAGGUCAGUAACAUGACUGGUUAAAAAAGGAGCAUUUCAGAGAAACAGAGUCUCUCAGAUGGAAGAUGGAUAGAGGUUCGCCAAUCAUUUAUAUCCAAAAGCUCAUAAUUUUCAUGAAAUGGUAAAAUGUCUGUCUCAACAUCUGAUAUGUUGUUUAUGUUCUAUUGGGAAUAAAAUAUGGGUCGAUGAGGUUUG